UGUGAUGAUACUUGGGAAUGUCACUCAGGAGACCACCGGGACAUAGCCAUCAUUGCUGCUUCAUCCUCUUUCUCUUUACAGGCAGAUAGAGAGAGAGAAAAAUAAAGUUAUAGAGAGAGAAAAUAUUACCAAAAUAGUGUGUUUAUUCACACACACAUAUAUAUAUAAUUGAACUUGAGACAGCCAAGUAAUUAAACAUCAUCACUCAGCUCUUAACUACUAUCUCCAAUUAUGGCAAUUUCGCCUCAACUCUUGCCAGAAAAUGUUGUCGAUUUCCGAGCACCGCCUCCAUCUCCGAUCGGCUCCAGUCGCAGAUCAUCGGUCACAAACGCCGACGUUCUCACCGAUUUUCUCGAACACUCUCUCCGCGUUCCGGACCUCAUUUUACCGGAUCGAGUCUUCCCUCGCCAAAAAUCGACAGAAAACCCUCCUAAAAUUGACUUCGAAUUACUGAACUCGCUCAAAAUUGAUACGAUCACUGGAAUUCUGGACUCGAUUGCCGGAAUCGGUUGCUUUCAGGUUGUUAACCACGGAAUUCCGUGCGAUGUGAUCCGAUCGGCUUUGGUAGCCGGUGCCGGAAUAUUCCAGAUACCGCCCGAGAAGAAGGCGGUGAUGUCAAGGUUGCCGGAGAAUUCAUUUGGGUUCGAGGAGUUUCACGGCGAAGAGGAGAGAGAAAUGAGUGAAGAAUUUGUUUGGUGCAGAGAUGAAAGUUUAAAGCUGGAAAUGGAGGGAAUAUGGCCACUUGGAUAUUCAAAUUUCAGUGAUAAAAUGGAAAGACUCUUGUCAGACAUAGAGAAAGUUGGUGAAAAAAUUCUGAUAAUUCUGAAGGAGAAAAGUCCUCUAACAAAAUCAAAACUCGGAAACAAUGUGAUCCAAGGGCAAGACCUUGCUGCCUCAGUCUGCUAUCUCUACAAGCACUCCAAGAGUACCACCGAGGACCAAUGGGUAAAUUCACUGAGAUAUGAUGUGAUUAGAAUGCUAGUUAGGGGUUCAGAUUACUCUCAUGCAAUAUGUUUACAUAUAUGCAAUGGGUCUUCAGAGUUCCAUGUUUACUCCAAGAAGGGUUGGGUUUCCUUUUGCCCAGAUAAAGAUGCCUUAAUAAUCACAGUUGGGGAUCAAAUACAGGCAUGGAGUGGUGGGCAGUACAAGCAUGUCAUAGGAAGGCCAAUCUAUAAAGGUGAAGAUGAUGAGGACUACCGUAUCUCUAUGGCCUUCCUCUAUUCUCCUCCAGAAGUCAACAACAAUGGCUUCAACACAAACAAGGAAAAAACUAUUUCACUUGGCCAACAAGCUAUAUUGGCUAUACUUUUCACACUUGUUUAUCAUUUUUUGGUGUAUAUAUAUAACUAUUUCUGAAGAGCAUGACAUCCAUAUUACCUAUAAUCUUUGUUAAUUUGAGUUAUCAACAAGAUUAUAUGCAAACUCAUUUUCAGAUCCAUGCAAUAACACUUCUUUUUUAAUUCA